CAGUGAGUCAUUUGGUCCUUAUCAUCAUCUGAAGAGACUUGGAGCACCUGAAGGUCCGGCGUUUUAAACCGGCGGACGUGUGAGGGCUCUCUGUCUCCUGGCGCGACUCAGCAAUCACAGCCGUCUCCAAACGUGGCCAAGGCAAACGGUGGGCAUGUGAAAAUCAAACUCAAAGUUAGGCGCUGGAUAUUGUCGCUGAAUCCCGUGUUGAAGGUGAAUCUGCAUUCAACAGGAAGAGACUGAACUAUUGCUCACGUACCAUCGUACCGAGAAAAGGGUUUCUCACUCCAAUUUUUAAGAAUAUGGACAUGAAAUUUUCUUCCCAAACUGCAGUUUUUUGCUCAGAGAACAUGCAAAGAUGUGUACGCCCAUCUGUCUGUACCGUAUGUUAUGCAUUUUUAACAGUGUUUUUGUGCCGGCAGCGUAAAACUACUCAGUUUUAAGGUUUAAGGUAGGUUUUGUGUGCAUAUAUUAAACUUCUCUCUCGGUGUUUCUGCAUGCGUCCUGUAGUUUUAUUUUUCUUGAUGCAUUGCCAGUGUAAUGGCUCAUUUGCCAGAGGCAUCAUCAUUCAAAUUAUGUUUAGACAAGACAGUCUUAAUGCGAUCAUUACUCUAAUGGCUUUUAUGAGAAAGCCCUGAUGUCCUUUUCCCCCUGUAGUGAACUGAAAUAGGUGUGUUGUGUUUCAGUACACCUUUGCUUCACAGGACAGUGUCGAGCAUCAGCUUAGUACUGGAACAGAUGGUUCCUGUGCUUGACAAAAUGACCCCAGCUUCUCUGACACAGAACUGCUCCAACUGCAGCCAGGUUUUAGUCCCAGAGCUCAACGUAGUCAAGGCUGUAGUUUUGGGCUUGGUGCUCGGUUUCCUCAUUGUGUUUGGAAUUGUGGGAAACAUUUUGGUAAUCCUCUCAGUAGUUUGUCACCGACACCUGCGGACAGUCACACAUUAUUUUAUAGUUAAUCUGGCAGUGGCAGAUUUGCUGCUAAGCACCACUGUACUACCUUUCUCUGCCAUUUUUGAGAUUGUGGAUCGUUGGGUCUUUGGACGGGCCUUUUGCAAUGUUUGGGCAGCUGUGGACGUGCUCUGCUGCACUGCCUCCAUCAUGAGCCUCUGUGUGAUCUCCGUUGACCGCUACAUCGGAGUGAGUUACCCUCUGCGUUACCCAACUAUAAUGACAAAACGCAGGGCGCUGCUGGCAGUGAUGCUGCUUUGGGUGCUGUCUAUCAUCAUAUCUAUUGGACCUUUGUUUGGCUGGAAAGAGCCGGCACCUGAGGACGAGUCAGUCUGCAAGAUCACACAGGUGCCGGGCUAUGCUAUCUUCUCUGCUUUGGGCUCUUUCUACCUUCCUCUUGCCAUCAUACUGGUCAUGUACUGUCGGGUAUAUGUGGUAGCUCACAGAGAGAGCCAGGGCCUGAGGGAGGGCCACAAGACAGAGAAGUCAGAUUCAGAGCAGGUGAUACUCAGGAUACACAGAGGCAACACAACUGUAUCAGAGGACGAGGCCCUUCGCAGCCGCACACAUUUCGCCCUACGACUGCUCAAGUUCUCACGUGAGAAGAAGGCCGCAAAGACUUUGGGCAUUGUGGUUGGCUGCUUCGUGUUGUGCUGGCUGCCCUUUUUCCUGGUGCUACCCAUUGGCGCCAUGUUCCCCGCAUACAAACCUUCAGAGACUGUCUUCAAGAUAACCUUCUGGCUCGGUUACUUCAACAGCUGCAUCAACCCUAUCAUCUACCCGUGCUCCAACCAGGAGUUUAAGAAAGCUUUCCAGAGUUUACUCGGAGUUCACUGCCUGAGAACGACUCCCAGACCACACCAUCAUCACCUGCAUGCAGCUCAGAGUCAAACUCAAGGUCACAGCCAGCCCCUCACUCUGGGCCUGGACAGCAAGGGGGCUUCAUGUCGGCUCAGCCCAUCCUCCUCUAUGGCCCUGUCCAGAACCCCUUCCUCCAGGGACAGCAGGGAGUGGAGGGUUUUUCCUGGAGGCCCCACAGGCAGAUCUGGACCUGCUGAGACAAGCAGGGCUAAAGUGGCCAAGCUCUGCAGUAAAAGCUUCCACCGGACCUGCUGCUGCAUUCUCAGUGGUGGGUCUCCCCCGCAGGAGUCAAACUGUGCCCAGGCACCUCCUGUUGGAAACCUUCCCACCAUUAAAAUCCACCAACUGUCCUUGUCGGAAAAAGGAGAGCCUGUAUAACUGCUGUAAUCCUUCUUCCUUUAGUCGCGACUCCCCUUUCAAAGUCACUGAUAAGAAUAUAUUUCCUUUUACUCUGUUCACAAUACAAGGGAUGAGCUGUGUUGGAAUGGUGGCUGCUUUGAAAUUUAAAAUGUAAAAGUCUCAGCUUUGAUAUGAUUCUGUGAUUUUUCCUGGAUGUAAGAAAGAAAAUCUUGCAAAGAAAUGUCACAGCCACUAUAUUUUACCCCCUGAAGAAGAUGGCUUUUUAGUUUUCUGAACACAAACUAUGGCAGAAUACAGUUCGGGGGAGAUGAAAAUAAAGCAAAUGUCCAUCACAUUUUGGACAGGUGUAGAAAAAAAGGUCCUGUUAAUGCUCCCCUGAAGUGGAACAAAAGAAAAAAUCCACAGAGUCAAGAGACCAAAAGAUCUCUAAAUGUUUACAUAUUUUGUAUUAUAGAAGAGCAGUUCAAAUGUAUAAAAAUGUAAAUAAGAAUGUUUAUAUAUAUUGCAUGAUUUCACCAAAUGUUUUAAUGCUGGUCAGUGCUGUUGUCUCCAAAGUUUGCCUAAUGCUAUUCCUGUUGUCCAAAUUAUGUUGGUGUACUGCUCUGUACACAGUGAAUACCAAGGAACCUUCUGUACUUCCAUGUCAUGUUAUCAUAAAUUUGUAUGUAACAAGGGUUUCAUGAGGA